AUGCCGUGCCUCACUGCCAUCCGCCAACAGAGACUCAGAAUGCCAAGCUCUUACAAGUCAAUGUUGGAGAAAGUUCACAUGGUGGAGCAAAUCCUGUCUGAGUUCCAGCUCAGUAAAGAGGAGCUGAAGGAGGUGAUGAAACGGAUGCAGAAGGAGUUGAACCGAGGGCUUCGAGUGGAAACAAAUGAGGAGGCCAGUGUUAAAAUGCUGCCCACUUACGUCUGCUCUACUCCUGAAGGCUCCGAAGUUGGAGACUUCCUGGCAUUAGACCUCGGUGGCACUAAUUUCCGUGUGAUGUUGGUGAUCGUGGGCGAGGAUGAGGAGAGAGGCUGGAAGGUGGAGACCAAGUACCGCAUGUAUUCCAUCCCUGAAGAUGCCAUGACCGGGACUGCGGAAAUGCUCUUUGACUACAUCGCAGAGUGUAUAUCUGACUUCCUAGAUAAGCAUCACAUCAAACAUAAGAAACUUCCUCUGGGAUUCACUUUCUCAUUUCCAGUCCGCCAUGAGGACCUAGAUAAGGGAAUCCUACUGAACUGGACUAAAGGGUUUAAGGCCUCUGGUGCUGAAGGCAACAACGUUGUCGGUUUGCUUAGAGAUGCCAUAAAACGGAGAGGGGACUUUGAAAUGGACAUAGUUGCAAUGGUAAAUGACACAGUAGCCACAAUGAUCUCCUGUUACUAUGAGGACCGGAGCUGUGAGGUUGGCAUGAUAGUGGGAACGGGCUGUAAUGUGUGCUACAUGGAGGAAAUGCACUCAGUGGAACUGGUGGAAGGGGAGGAGGGGAGGAUGUGUGUGAACACUGAGUGGGGAGCGUUCGGAGGGAAUGGAGAGCUGGAAGACUUUCGUUUGGAAUAUGACCGAGUGGUGGACGAGUCAUCACUCAAUCCAGGAAAACAGCUCUAUGAGAAGCUGAUCAGUGGGAAGUACAUGGGCGAGCUGGUGCGUCUUGUUCUGAUGAAGCUGGUGAAUGAAGGCUUGCUCUUCAACGGUGAAGCUUCAGACAUGCUGAAGACACGAGGCAGCUUCGAAACCCGCUUUGUUUCCCAGAUUGAGAGUGACACAGGAGACAGGAAACAAAUCUACAACAUCCUAAGGUCACUGGGGGUCCUGCCAUCUGAGCUAGACUGUGACAUUGUGCGUUUGGCCUGUGAGAGUGUUUCCACUCGCGCAGCACAUGUUUGUGGAGCUGGACUUGCCGGAGUUAUUAACAUCAUGAGAGAGCGCCGUUGCUUGGACGAGCUGAAGAUCACUGUGGGAGUGGAUGGCUCUGUCUACAAACUCCACCCAUGGUUCAAAGAGAGGUUUCACAAAAUCGUUUGGGACAUGACGCCUAACUGCGACAUUACCUUCAUCCAGUCAGAAGAAGGCAGUGGGCGAGGAGCCGCACUGAUCUCCGCUGUGGCCUCCAAGAUGGCUGCCCGCACAAUAGAGCCAUGA